CCAACUCCCAGGGCUGCGGCUCCCCUUGUACCCCAGAGCUGCGGGGGGGGGGUCCCGGCUCCGUGAGGUCUUUAUCGCGGCAGCUGUGAGAGCAUCGAGGCGCAGGGAGCCUCGAGCGCGGGCAGGGAGGCGGGUGGAGGGGCCUUGAGAUAAGGCGGCAGACACAACACCCGUGACGUGGGGCGGGGGGACCCCCCUUCCAGCCCUCUUAAACGACGCGGCCCCCUCGGCUGGCACUGCCUGCCCAUGGAGAGAACCACGGUGCUGAUCACGGGCUGCUCCUCAGGCAUCGGCCUGGGGCUCGCCGCACGCCUGGCAGCCGACGCCACUGGCAGGUUCAAAGGUAAAGGGGUGACGCUGUGCCGGGGGGGCCGGCACCGCCGGGGGUCUCCCAGACAGCUGGUGCCCGGGGGUGGGCUGUGGCUGGUGCCGGCCGCGCAGCUCGGCAGCACCGCUGCCCCGCGGCCGUGCUCUCUUCCCCCAGUGUACGCCACCAUGCGCGACCUGGCCAAGGGUGAUCGGCUGCUGGAGCGCCUUGGGGGCUGCUGCCCCGACACGCUGGAGGUCCUGCAGCUCGACGUCACUGACCCGUGCUCGCUGGCAGCUGCCGCGCAGCGGGUGCAGGAGCAGCAGCUGGACGUGCUGGCAGUGUGCAACGCGGGGGUGGGACUGAUGGGUCCCCUGGAGACCUGCUCUGACCAAGCCAUGAAGACCGUCUUUGACGUGAACCUCUUCGGGGCCGUCCGCACUAUCCAGGCGUUCCUGCCCGCCAUGAAGCGCCGCAGGGCCGGGCGGAUCAUCAUCUCCAGCAGUAUCGGGGGGCUGCAAGGUGGGACCUGGCCCUGCUGCGGCAGGACCCCCGGCACCCUGGGCACGGGGAGCUGUGGGGAAGGGACCCGGUGCUCAGGGUGCGGCUCUGCCCCAGGGCUGCCCUUCAACUCCGUGUACUGCGCCAGCAAGUUUGCGGUGGAGGGGCUGUGUGAGAGCCUGGCCAUCGUCCUGCAGCCCUUCAACAUCCACCUGACGCUGGUGGAGUGCGGACCCGUCAACACCAGCUUCCUGGCCAACCUGCAGCACCCAGACCCUGAGGGCAGCGAGCUGCAGGGCCUGGAUGCCGAGACACGGGACCUCUACCACCGAUACCUGCGGCACUGCCAGAGCCUCUUCCAUGACGCGGCCCAGGAGGUGGAGGACGUCCUGCCGGUCAGUCCCUGCAGGCUGGGGGUGAGGGGCUCUGGGACGGUGCGUGUCCAUGGGUGGCCGUGGGGCCACGCUGGGGACGGGUCUGACCCCUCUGUGGUGGCAGGCGUUCCUGGAGGCCAUCAGCACCCCCUGCCCUCCCCUGCGCUGCGUCACCACCCAGCUCUUCGCCCCACUCUCGCGCCUGAGGCUGGCCAGCCCCGACAGCACCAUGUACGUCCGGGCCAUGCACGACUUCGUGUUCGGCCACGGAGAGGCCGGUGGGGACCAGCCCUGAGCAGAGCUGCCGUGGCACCGGGGGAGCCGCGCUAUGGUGCGGACCCCCAGCCCUGCGAUGUCCGUGCUGGCCAGGGGGGCUCGGUCCCACCGUGUCACCAAUAAAGCCCUUUGCAGCC